AUGAUUAGUUUAUUCCAUAUCAUUGUUAUUCUUUUCACAAUUAUUUAUUGGUGUCCUUCAUUUCACUAUAGUGGCCCAAUAAUUGUUGAUAGGUUUGAGCAAAUCAACAUUAGCUUUGAACCAAAUGCGAGUAUAGCAAUUCCUUUUUAUCAAAUUCAAUCAGAUCACUUAACAAGAAUUACGCGUACAAUUCCAUAUUGGAUCUUAAAUUAUUCUCUUUUGGAUCAAACAGAAUUUUUCGAAUGGGUCAGAUUACGCUGCUUUCUCACACGUUCAAUUGUUUAUGUUGGAAUAUAUCACAAUGUGUUUACUUCAAAUUCUCCUCGUACAAAACAGUUUGGGUUUUCUGUCUUACCACCAUACAAACAAUUUGAAGUUAAUAAAAGAAAUGUAAUUGGAAAAUAUGACAUAGGUGUUUACUGUUACGAAGAAUUUCAUGAAUGGGGUCACAUGAUCGUCGAUUUUAUAUGCUCAUUUUUUUAUUUACCCGAAGAAGUUCAUAAACAAGGAUUUAUUAUACAUGGUCCAUGGUCAGCUGGUGGUUCAUUAUACGAGUGGCUUAAAAUGCUUCAAUUUAAUGCAACAGUUUUUGAUGGAUAUUCUCAUCAACAAAUUUACGUCAGACAACUAUAUGUCGUCAAUCAGUGUUUCCAUGCUCAUUAUUUAACAGCAGGGGCCUAUCCUUUACUCAGAAAAAGAAUUUUUGAUCUUCAUCAUCUCGAGCAAAUUCCACCAACAUUGUUUGUUGCACUUAACAGAAAAGGCAACAGAUUUUUAGGAAAUAUGGACAAUGUUGUGGAUGCUUUGAUAGCGGAAGUUCCCAUUGAUGAAGGACAAAAAUGGCAUGAAUUACAAUUAGACGGAGAACUUGAAGAAGUAAUGAAAACAUUUGCAUCUAUAAAGGUUUUAGUAACUUUAGGUGGCUCUCAUAUAUUUAAUUCCAUUUUUAUGAACAAUAAAACUGGAAUUGUAGCAAUGUUCCCAAAGGUUAUGCUUAUAGAACAAAUGACAAUGGCUGCGAUGAGUAACAUCUUCAUGGCAGGCAUAUACUUGAAUGAUCUUCAAUUACAUCAGACUAGUCCAUAUAAUGUCAGCGUACCAAAAGUUGUUUCUUAUACAAAGAUGCUUGUUAAAGCAGUUAAAUAUGGAAAAUGGAGAAAUAGGGAUCAUUUAUACCAAAUAUUUAAUGUGACUGAACAAGAAGAAUGCCCCAUAGAUGCAAUAAAUCCGAUAUAUGUUGAUCAAUUUAAGUCAGAAAUGAUGCAAUAUUCAUAUGAUAAUAUAAUGUAG